AUGGCCCCACUGGACACUGGACGAGGACUUGUGACUGCCGGACUGUGCGACGAAAAACUCGGCUCACCAUCCUUUGACCCAGAGGAUUCCGUAUUGAGCUUUCGUCCAUUAUGUGAUGGGGACCGUGAGAGCAAGAAUGUUGAUAAUGAUGCUUUGGCCUCUGAUUAUUUUUAUCACAUGAGGAAUGAAAGCUCAAUACUGAAUCAUCUGGAUCGGAGGAUGCUAAGCCGUCCUCUUAGCACAACCCAGCUGUCACAAGUCCAAGGGAAUCCUCCUCCAGGGCCCGAUAAUGCCCAUUCGCGAUUCCCCUGCAUCUGUCUUUUCAAUCGAAGGUAUGCCAGCAUAUAUUUACAGAUUCUUUGUCAGUAUCCUGGUUGGCACUGCCAUCCUCAGGACAGGUCCAUCACUCCUCAAAGUGACAAGUAA